UAUACUAUACCCCAUUGUAUCCUGGACCAGGGAGAGAGGAUGGAACACUAGUAGGAGGCUGUUCCCACGGAUACCAAAAAUGCUACGAUUCCUCCUAGCCAGCGCCUUGUGUGUGCUACUGUGCAGGCUGCAGGGAGGCGAGAGCAAUGUAUGGUAUGAGGAGAAAUGUCCCACGGUGGAGAAGGUGACCACGCUGCCGCCAUUGAUAUCUCCAGCAUACCUAAGAAAGGUUCUUAACAAACUGAAUGCCAGCACCAUCCUGGCUGCCGCGGCUGAGGCCAGAGAAAGGCUGCUCCAGGAAGAGAACACGCAGAGGAGAAUGCGCAAUGGAGGCGAGAGCAAUGUAUGGUAUGAGGAGAAAUGUCCCACGGUGGAGAAGGUGACCACGCUGCCGCCAUUGAUAUCUCCAGCAUACCUAAGAAAGGUUCUUAACAAACUGAAUGCCAGCACCAUCCUGGCUGCCGCGGCUGAGGCCAGAGAAAGGCUGCUCCAGGAAGAGAACACGCAGAGGAGAAUGCGCAAUGGAGGUAUCGACUUCGUGAAGCAAGGUGCCGCCGGCAUGCACGGGACAGCGACCCGCUCCUUCCGUGAGGCCAGCAGGAUCAACCCCAAGGGAUAUCUGUUUGAGACUGUUACCAAGAUCGUUGCUAACAGACUGGGUCUCACAGCCCUGGAAGCCAGCAGCGUGUCUCACCUGGAUAUCAUGAGCGGCUUCAGAGACACGUUACAAGACUUCCUGACGGCACUGGGAAUGGACUGUCCCUUCGACCUUCAGAGGAGGUGCGACCAGAGAGCUAAAUACCGCUCUUUUGAUGGCUCCUGUAACAACCUGAAGAAACCGAACUGGGGCAAAUCUUUUGAACCAUUCAAGAGGUUCCUGCAUCCCAUGUACGAAGACGGUAGGUCGUGUGCUGUUGGCGUGAACACUGAGAGAAGUAAGGGUCGCUUUGGCGUUCCUCUGCCCAACCCUAGGGCCGUCAGUAGCUCCAUCCACGAGGGCAGUAACACCACACUGAACUCCAAGUCCCACACCAGAUUGCUCAUGUUGUUUGGGCAGUUCUUGGACCACGAUCUUACUCACACCCCUGUACCUAAAGGAAUCAAUGGCUCAGAAAUCAACUGUUGUGCUGAUGACGUCCUCGAACAUAACAGGAACGUCAGGAUUCCAAGGGAAGAACUUGCUUCAUUGCUCAGGAAACGGUCCGAAUGUAUGCCUAUUGAUAUUCCAACCGGUGACCGGAGAUUUAGGCGCUCUUGUAUGAACUUUAUCCGAUCUUUGCCAACUCCAAACGACAAAUGUGAAUUAGGCUACCGUGAACAACUUAACCAGGUGACGUCAUACAUAGACGCGUCCCAGGUGUACGGCUCCACGGAGGAACAGGCCCGCAAUCUGAGAGCCUUCUCUGGAGGUCUCUUGAAGACAUCGGUGGUCAAUGGAAAGAUGUUCAUGCCCAAGGAUAAUAGCAAUCAGGAAAAGGAAUGCGUCACCCCGGCCAAUAAACCGGAAAUUAAAUGUUUUAUUGCUGGCGAUGAACGCAGCAACGAACAGCUGACUCUGACCAUGAUUCACACCAUGUUCGUGAGGGAGCACAACCGCAUCGCCACCACGCUUCAACGCUACAACCCCCACUGGGACGACGAGAGGACAUACCAGGAGACCCGCCGUAUAGUCGGCGCCAUGUUGCAGCAUAUUACCUACAGUAUGUGGCUGCCGAUGGUCUUGGGCCACCGCGGGGUCGACUGCUUCGAGGUCGGUGUUGGAACAUCCGGUUAUUUCAAAGGCUACAACGAGAACAUCGAUCCGUCGAUCCGUAACGCUUUUGCCGCUGCCGGAUUCCGUUUCGGACACUCUUUGGUCAUGGAACACAUCGCCAGGUACGGACGCGGGUACACGCCACUGCCCUCCAUCCCGCUGAAGAAUGCCUUCUUUAAGCCCGAGGAACUGUACAACUCUGAGCAGGGAGGAAUGGAAUCCAUUGCCCGUGGUAUUUUCAAGGAUCCUAUGGAGCAAUGUGAUCGUCAUCUGACUCCAGCUGUCACGGACCAUCUGUUCGAAGAUCCGCACUCUCGCAUAGCGUUGGACUUGGCGGCCCUAAAUAUCCAGCGUGGUCGUGACCACGCCCUUCCCCCAUACAACGACUGGCGCCAUUGGUGUGGUCUUCCCAAGGCCCGGCACUUCUUCACCAGCAAGGACGGUCUGGUCAACAUGGACGAUGUCACUGCUAAGAAAAUCAGCGAAAUAUACAAUCACCCGGAUGACAUUGACCUGUUUACUGGUGGUAUGGCGGAGCUUCCAGUCCCCGGGGGUAUCGUUGGACCCACGUUCGCUUGCAUUUUGGGAAGACAGUUUGCCGCCCUUAAGUUCGGCGAUAGAUUCUUUUACGAAAAUGGAGACGAGGACAUCAGAUUUACUGAAGACCAACUGGAGGAACUCCGCAAAACCGACAUGGCCAGAUUGUUCUGUGACAACUUCAACAUUGCGUCCAUCCCACGUAACGUGUUUUUGAUGUCUGAUGACACCACCAACCCCCUCGUUGAUUGCCGCACGGUGAAGUCUAUGGACCUCCGCAGGUGGAUAGAGCGCCGCAAUGUAUGCCGGGACGGGCAGUGGAGCAGCUGGUCCGACUGGAGAUGUAUCCGCUGUGAUCAACACAACAGAAUACGCAUGCGCGUGCGCAGGUGCGACAACCCCUCGCCUUCAUCUUGCGGCAAGAACUGCGAAGGCUCCAGCAUUGAGGUCAGACGUUUUGACCUAAUUAACGACUCCCCAUUGCCUGCGAACUUCGAGAACUUGUCGGAAGCACAGCGCUACAACUACGUUCUCACUCGACGAUACAACUAGUGGUCAGACUGAAAAAAAAUCAAGACAUUGGCUGCCAUGUCAGCAUAUGACGUCAUUCUCCAUGUUCAAUCAAUGUAACAACGUGGCUUAUUCAACUCAUAUUAUCAUCAAUUCAGCUUUUUUAAAUCGAAUUUUAAUUUUUUAGAUUUUUGGAAAGUAAUCAGUCAAAAUGAAUGCCAUAUUCAAAUUUGAAUUCUGCUGCACGUGCGCUCGCCUGCGUUCACCCUGAUAGGAGAAUGACGUGAUAUGUUGUACCGAACAUUGACUAGAUUUCUUAACUCUGCGCAGAGGCCUCGUUUGUGGUGCUUGUGCUCUAUAUUAUGACCAUGCUGUAUGUUGCCAGAAACGAGGCCUCCUCGUGGAGAGUUGUAUGGCGAAUUUGGCUGUUCCCAAUCCGAACUCCGCAAACGUACAAUCUACUCAAUUACUCGUAUCGAUUAAGCAGAGGACAUUUUAGUCAGACGUAAAUGUUCCCUUAUUUGGCUGAGGAAAAAAUGAAUAAAUUAUCCAACGUUUGUCAAAUUUACAACAAAUUAAAUCAAAACUCAUUAAGCGCUAUUUCUAAAAUGAAUCCUAUCCGGGAGCAAGAAAAGAAAAAGGAAUACCAGCUUGCUUCUGACUCUUCGGGAUAUAGCGACAAUGUAUUUCUUAUAAAGCAGCAUCUUAUGUUACGAAAGGAAUCUUAAUGGCGGGCCAUUUGCUACACCCAGACUACCAAUUAGAAGUCUAGGCCAGUUAUACGUAAGGAAGUUACAAAGAUUGCGAUAUGUAUAGCGAUAGCCAGCGCAACAAGCGAGAGAACCGACAUCUUUUUUUACCUAUCGUAUACCACAUUUGCAUUUCUCUUGAAACAUCAUCGCUAAGAAUGAUGAUGAUAAUAGUGGAAUAAAAAGGUUAUUUAUUGCACUCGAAGUUUUCUUCUCAUCUCCUCGGAUGAGUCACGUGAUCAACGGAAACAGCCGAGUGUAUGAGAGGCUUCUAAGUGCUUUUUUGAGGCAAUAUUUGAAUAUUUACAAACUGUAGGUGAUUAGACAUGACGAUUAUGUACACUUAAAAUAUAUUAAUUAUUUAACUCUAUUGAUUUCUUGCAGCUUUUCUUCAUCAUCUUAGACUGGUUGGAAUUAGAAAUAAAAAAAAUAUGUUUACUGAUCACUAUGGUGGGGUGAGCUAAUAAACAUAUCGCUGUCUUA